CUACGGUUUAAUACUUUGCUUCUGUGUAUGUACGUCUACAAUGAUAUUUCUGGACUACUGACAUCACCCGCAGACUCACUCCAGAAUAAUGCCUCCUCCACAUUAUGAUUUUCUCAUCAAGCUCCUUCUCAUUGGAGACUCAGGCGUUGGUAAAUCUUGCCUCCUCCUCCGCUUCUGCGACGAUGCAUGGACCCCUUCUUUCAUCACGACCAUCGGCAUCGACUUCAAGAUUCGCACGAUCGAAUUGGAUGGGAAGAGAAUCAAACUUCAAAUUUGGGAUACCGCCGGUCAGGAACGAUUCAGAACCAUCACGACGGCUUAUUAUCGCGGCGCCAUGGGCAUCUUGCUUGUUUACGAUGUCACAGACGAACGCUCUUUCAAUAACAUUCGCACAUGGCACGCCAACAUAGAACAGCACGCGUCAGAAGGUGUAAACAAAAUCCUUAUCGGUAACAAAUCAGACUGGGACGAUAAACGUGUCGUUACCAAAGAGCAAGGGCUGGAACUAGCCCAGGAGUUGGGUAUCAGGUUCAUGGAAACAUCUGCCAAGCUGAACGACGGCGUCGAAGACGCUUUUUUCACUCUCGCACGGGAUUGCAAGGCGAGAUUGAUCGACUCACAGGCGGAUGCCGCUGGGUCUCCAGGCGGCGCUACAAAUGCUGACGGAUCCGUCAAAGUCAACCAACCAGUUUCACAGUCCAUGUCGACCUGCUGCUCAUGAACGUGAUAUACGCUAUAUCCCCUGUGUUCUGCUUUGUACCCACCACAUCUACAGUAAGCGAGGCGCCCGUCAGGUCCUUGCUCGUACCUAUGUCUGAGGACAGUACGCGUGCACAAUUUUAUGAGCGUGCAUGGAUUUUUGACCUAUCAUGAAGGGGAGUCGAACUUCAAGUGUAACAAGGAGGCGAGGGGCGGCGGUGAUGAGGGUGUAAGGAGUC